UGAUUGGAUCAUUGAAGAUUCUUAAUCUAAGUUACUUUGAACAGCUUCAUAUUCUUGGCGGCUUUGAUUGAAUCGCUGCACUUGAGAGGUUAAUAGUUAGAAAUUGCAUUGGCUUAGUUGAGGUUUGUGAAUCAAUUGAACAAUGUGCUGAACUUCUUCUCAUUGAUAUGAGCUACUGCAAUAAUCUUGAGAAAGGUCCCACCGUAGGCAAGCUAAAAAACGUUAAAACAUUAUUGCUAGAUGGUUGUAAUCUCAGGGAAUCUCGAAUCUCAAUUAGGAAUAUGGAUUCACCUAAGAUGCUCAAGGUUAACAACGUUGUCAUGGACACAAAAAUCUCUUCCCGCGCCAUAUCAUGUGAUUCAAAGUUCUUUACGAUUUCUUUACCAAGCUCUUUAGUAAUAUUGUCGCUUGCAAAUAAUAGUUUGUCCAAUGAAUCAUUUCCCAUGGACUUCAGUUGCCUAUCCAUGCUGAAGGAAUUAUGUCUAGAUAAUAAUCCUAUUGUUUCCCUGCCAAAUUGUGUGAUAAGCAUUCCUAUGAUUGAAAAACUUGCUAUGAGAUACUGUCACAUGCUACGUUCUGUCAAACAUCCUCCACAUACACUAACACAUUUGGACCUUCGUAUUUUUGAAGAUUAUCAUGAGCGGUCGCUAGUAUAUGUUGCAUUUGAUCCAGAAAUGUCCCCACUUCGGUUAUCAUUAGCGUGGGAUUCGAUAGCACCACCGUCAUUUCAAAUUGUAGGCAUAGUCAAAAUCCAACCAAUAGCAGACAUUGAAGAAAAGGUAUUAUGUAGCUUGGGCUGGAAUAAUUCCGACUUCCUUAACAAAAUGCGUGUGAAAAUUGGUUAUAUAUUUCCAUACCUAGAAGAAUUUGUAAUCCAGACGUAUUAUGAAUUUGGAAUAUUCAGCACCUUUUAUGGAGGCGAAUUGAUGCCAAACUAGAUUAAGCAUAAAAGCAGGGUGCCAUCAAUAUCAUUUACCAUCCAACCAAUGCCGAACUCGGUUAAGCCAUAAACGUCUAAUAAACUCCGACGAUUAAAUUUCUGUUUUGUGCAGUCUCCUUCAUAUCAAUUUCAAGAUAUAUAUUUUGAUAUAGUUGAUUUGCCAAUGAUCAAAGUUAGUAAUAUAACAAAGGACUGCACAUGGAUGUACCAUCAUUACAUUGAUAAAGUCAGUGUAGGUCGAGAGUGUGUAAUAUUGUUAACCCAUUGGAUGUUUGGCAUUAAUGAGAUGGAAGUUGGUGAGCACGUUACUAUGACUGUGACAGAGUUGUUUAAUCAAACUACAAAGGAGUGUGGAGUUAGUUUUGUAUAUGAUAAUGGAAAGACAAAUGAAGGAGAGGAAGAUGUGUUGGGUUAUUACAAAUCUUCGAAUCACAUCAUUGGUGGAGAUCUGAAACCAUUUCACUUAAAAACUGGAGAGUACUCGCUAGACACCUCUCGGUUUUGGUAUUACAAUAAUGAACAAGAUCAAUACAAUUCUGAUGGCAUACACACCAACUAUGAA